ACACCACUGGCAUUUCCUCUGCUUUUGAAUUCCUUUUUAACAUUCUUUUCUACUGUCAGCUUCUGCAAUCCUCCACCCCAUUAUUCCAUCCUUCUCUCUCUCCCAAACCACAAAGUCAUCUGCAUAGGCUCAUUCUCCUUUUGAUUUAUGAUGAUCAUAUAGUUUUUUAGCUAUGGGAAGUCCGGUAAACAUCAUAGUUGGAUCACAUGUGUGGGCAGAGGAUCCUGAGGAUGCAUGGAUCGAUGGUGAAGUGACAGAAAUCAAUGGCAGAAGUGCCACCAUUAUUACCACUAACGGGAAGACAAUAAUUGCAGACAUUUCAUGUAUAUACCCAAAAGACACAGAAGCACCACCAGCAGGGGUCGAUGACAUGACCAAGUUAGCUUACCUCCAUGAGCCAGGAGUCCUGCAUAACCUUGCCUGUCGGUUUGCACUCAAUGAGAUAUAUACUUACACUGGGAACAUUCUAAUAGCGGUGAAUCCUUUUCGGAGACUGCCACACUUGUACGACAUCCACAUGAUGCAGCAGUAUAAGGGAGCUGCAUUUGGAGAGCUGAGUCCACACCUCUUUGCUGUUGCAGACACUUGUUAUAGGGCAAUGAUAAAUGAACAGGGAAGCCAGUCCAUUUUGGUAAGUGGAGAGAGUGGAGCUGGUAAAACGGAGACAACAAAAAUGCUCAUGAGAUACCUUGCAUUCAUGGGGGGCAGAUCUGUCACAGAAGGAAGAACAGUAGAACAACAGGUUUUGGAGUCCAACCCAGUCUUGGAAGCAUUUGGGAAUGCCAAAACUGUGAAAAACAAUAAUUCCAGUCGUUUUGGUAAAUUUGUUGAGAUUCAAUUUGAUAAGCAUGGAAAGAUAUCUGGAGCUGCAAUUCGUACAUAUCUUCUUGAAAGGUCACGUGUGUGCCAAGUCUCCGAUCCAGAGAGAAACUAUCAUUGUUUCUACAUGCUGUGUGCAGCACCGCCGGAGGAUGUUAAAAAAUUCAAGUUGGGGGACCCGAGGACAUUCCAUUAUCUUAAUCAAUCAAACUGUUAUGAAGUAGCAAAUGUAAAUGAUGCAAGGGAGUAUUUGGAGACCAGAAAUGCCAUGGAUAUUGUAGGGAUCAGCCAGGAUGAGCAGGAUGCUAUAUUCCGCGUGGUGGGCGCAAUCCUCCAUCUUGGGAACAUUAACUUCAUCAAAGGGAAGGAAGUCGAUUCUUCCAAACUAAAAGACGAGAAAUCAAAAUUCCAUCUUCAAACUGCCGCAGAGCUGCUCAUGUGUGAUGAGAAGAUGCUAGAAGACUCACUUUGUAAGCGUGUCAUAGUGACUCCCGAUGGUAACAUUACAAAACCACUAGACCCAGACCGAGCUGCCUUAAGUCGUGACGCCUUGGCAAAGACUGUAUACUCCUGGCUGUUUGAUUGGAUUGUGGAUAAGAUAAACAGUUCAAUUGGUCAAGAUCCUAACGCAGCAAGCUUAAUUGGAGUCCUUGAUAUAUAUGGCUUUGAAAGCUUCAAGCUCAACAGUUUUGAGCAGCUAUGUAUUAACCUCACAAAUGAGAAGUUGCAACAACAUUUUAAUCAGCAUGUAUUCAAGAUGGAGCAAGAGGAGUACACAAAGGAGGAAAUCAAUUGGAGCUACGUAGAGUUUGUGGACAACCAGGAUGUUUUGGAUCUUAUUGAGAAGAAACCUGGGGGUAUAAUUGCUCUUCUUGAUGAAGCCUGUAUGUUUCCCAAGGCAACCCAUGAGACAUUUGCACAAAAGAUGUAUCAGACAUAUAAAGGGCACAAACGCUUCAGCAAGCCAAAACUUGCUCGAACAGACUUUAUAAUCAACCAUUAUGCUGGAGAUGUCAUCUACCAAGCAGACCAAUUUCUUGACAAAAACAAGGAUUAUGUUGUAGCAGAACAUCAAGCUCUACUAAAUGCAUCCAAGUGCCCAUUCGUUGCUAAUCUUUUCCCUCCGCUACCUGAGGAGACAUCAAAGCAAUCUAAGUUCUCUUCCAUUGGUACUCGCUUCAAGCAACAACUACAAUCUUUGAUGGAAACACUGAACACAACAGAACCACAUUACAUCAGAUGUGUAAAGCCCAACACAGUUUUGAAGCCUGGAAUCUUUGAGAACUUCAAUGUCUUAAACCAGUUAAGAUGCGGGGGUGUAUUAGAGGCUAUUAGGAUAAGUUGUGCUGGGUAUCCAACAAAAAGAUCAUUUGAUGAGUUCCUCGAUCGUUUUGGAAUGCUAGCUCCUGAUGUUCUUGAUGGAUCCGAUGAAAAAUCAGCAUCUACUGCCAUCUGCGACAGAAUGGGCUUGAAGGGCUAUCAGAUUGGGAAAACAAAGGUGUUUCUUAGAGCUGGGCAGAUGGCCGAAUUAGAUGCGAGGAGAACUGAAGUCUUGGCUAAUGCUGCCAGACGCAUCCAACGGCAAAUUCGAACACAUCUGACCAGAAAAGAGUUCAUUGCCCUGCAAAGGUCUACCAUUAAUGUCCAGAAACUUUGGAGAGCACAACUUGCACGUAAGCUAUAUGAGUGUAUAAGAAAGGAAGCUGCUUCAAUCCGCAUACAAAAACAUGUGCGUGCUCACACUGAUAGAAAAUCAUACACAAAAUUAGUAGCAUCAGCAAUAGUUAUUCAAACUGGGUUACGAGCAAUGGCAGCUCGAAAUGAAUACAGAUACAGAAGAAGAACGAAGGCUACAACCAGCAUUCAGACUCAAUGGAGAAGAUUCCAAGCUCUCUCUGGUUAUAAACAGCAGAAGAAAGCAACUCUUACACUUCAAUGUCUCUGGAGAGCGAGGGUCGCAAGGAAAGAGCUUAGAAAGCUCAAAAUGGCUGCAAGAGAAACGGGGGCACUUAAGGAAGCAAAGGACAAGUUGGAGAAGCGUGUAGAAGAGCUAACAUGGAGACUAGAAUUUGAAAAGCACUUAAGGAUUGAUCUUGAAGAAGCAAGAGGACAAGAAAUCGCAAAGUUACAAAAUGCUUUACACGAAAUGCAAGGGCAACUGGAAGAAGCCCAUGCCGCAAUCAUUCAUGAGAAAGAAGCAGCAAAGCUAGCCAUUGAGCAAGCUCCAGCAGUCAUUAAAGAGGUUCCAGUUGUGGACAACACCAAGUUGCAGUUACUGAAAAAUCACAAUGAGGAACUGGAAGGUGAGGUAAGAGAGCUGAAGACAAAAAUUGAGGAAUUUGAGAAAAAGUAUUCUGAAGCUGAAAAAGAGAACAAAACAAGGCUUAAAGAGGCAGAAGAAGCACAGCUAAAAGCAGCAUUACUUCAAGAGAAUAUUGAAAGAUUAGAAUUGAACUUAUCAAACCUUGAAUCGGAGAAUCAGGUUCUACGCCAACAGGCUUUGGUUGCAUCAACAAAGGAGGACCUCUCCGAAGAAUUGAAGACCCUCAAGAGCAACAUUGCAAUUUUGGAGUCAGAGAAUGAACUGCUCCGCAGCAAGACAACAGUUGUGAAGGAGAUAGCUACUCCUGAAAGGGUGCUACCACAAGUCAAGUGUUUUGCUAAUGGACAUCAAACGGAGGAAGAACAUCAAACAACAAAAGAAUCAGGAUGUCUUGUCCCAGUCCUAACUAAACAAAGAUCACUCACAGACAGGCAGCAGGAAAAUCACGAUGUACUACUCAAAUAUUUCAUGGAGGAUAAACGAUUUGAUAAGAACAGACCAGUCGCAGCCUGUAUUGUAUACAAAGCACUUCUUCAGUGGAGGUCUUUUGAAGCAGAGAAGACAAAUCUAUUUGACAGGAUUAUUCAAACAAUUCGUUCAUCUACAGAGAGUCAAGACAAUGUCACUGAUUUAGCACAUUGGCUUUCAACAACUUCUACCCUUUUGUUUCUUCUACAAAGUACACUCAAGGCAAACAAUACAACUAGUGCAGCUUCACAUCGUAAUCGGAAUUCCCCUGCCACCUUAUUUUGUAGAAUGGCACAAGGUUCCCGUCCAUCUUCAUUGGGCACGGGAAUUUCAAGCGGUUACAGUGGAAUGGUGGGGAAGCCGAAUGAACAGUUGAAAGUGGAAGCUAAGUACCCAGCCCUACUAUUUAAGCAGCAUCUAACUGCAUGUGUUGAGAAAAUAUAUGGGAUGAUACGUGAUGGUUUGAAGAAAGAGAUCAGCCCAUUGCUUAACUUGUGCAUUCAGGCACCAAGAUCUGCACGGGUCAGAUCAACAAGGGGGUCAUCUAAAAGUAUCCAUUCAAAUAUAGUUGCCAAGCAACAAACAUCAAACAUACAUUGGCAGAGCAUUGUCAAUAAGCUUGAUCAUACCUUGGGUGUAAUGUCUGGGAAACAUGUCCCUCCAAUGAUCACAAGAAAGAUCUUUAGUCAGGUCUUUUCAUUCAUCAACGUACAGCUCUUUAAUAGCUUAUUGCUUCGUCGUGAGUGCUGCUCAUUUAGCAAUGGAGAAUAUCUAAAGGCAGGUUUGCAGGAAUUGGAUCAUUGGUGUCUCAAAACAACAAAUCAGUACACUGGAUCGUCUUGGGAUGAACUCCAGCACAUAAGGCAAGCUGUCGGGUUUCUGGUGUUGCAUCAGAAAGCUCAGAAAUCUUUGGAUGAGAUCACAAAUGAGCUCUGCCCGAUAUUGAGCCUUCCGCAAAUAUAUCGCAUUGGAACUAUGCUCUGGGAUGACAAAUAUGGAACGCACGGAUUAUCUCCAGAUGUAAUUGGCAGAAUGAGAGUCUUGAUGGCAGAAGAUUCAAUUAAUAUGCCCAAUAAUUCUUUCUUGCUCGACGUGGAUUCAAGCAUACCCUUUUCAAUGGAAGAGAUGUUCCGAUCCUUGAGUGGCACUGACAUCAACCUAUCUGAUGUGGAUCCGCCACCCAUCCUGGGACAAAGAUCUGAUUUCCAUUUCCUGUUACAACAAGCACAGGGAGUUAUUGAUGUUGAAACAUGAUGGUGUAAUUACUUGCAAUUUUUCGCUUUUGCCUUUGUGGUGUGGGAGAGAGUGAAUGACUUUGUUCCGGAAUAUAAUUCUUUAUUCGUUUUC